AUGGUCCCAGCAGUUCUAGGAACCAGUAAUUCACGGCAGAUUCAAGCCUCCUACACUUUCAGGGCCCUAGAUUUAGCUGUAGAAAAGGGCUCCAGGUCCCCGUUAUACCAGAGGACCUGGACCGAUAUUGGAGAAGUGUAUGUUGAAUCUAGGAUUCCCAGAAACUUGGAGAAAAACAAGUCCGAUGGAGAAACAUUUAGUAACGAAAAUAAUUAUAAGUAUUCAAAUUUUGAAUCUACAAUAAAGCCACUUGAGAUUAGGGCGACAGAUUAUCCUAUCGAGCAUACAGAUCUCCAGUUUACAGAGGUUCCUGGAGAUUCCUCUAAGUUUACAGGUGUACCUGAAGAUUCCUUUAAUCCUGAUAAUAUUUUUCAGUUUACAAAUAUACCCAGAGAAACCUUACCUCAGGAGAAGUAUGAAGAAACCCAGAAUGUUUCUCCUACCCUUGAGAAACUGAAGGAUAUCAAGUUUAUAAAAGUACCUGGAGUAUCCUCUCAACAACGUCUACCUGUCCCCCCAGAUAUGCAGCAAUAUUACAAAGAGAAGGUUGGAUCUGGGAGAAGAGUUGGACGGCAGAUAGUUCCCGGAGUAUAUAGUUGCGGACAUCAGGGAAGUGAUACAUUUAUAAAUAUGAUCAACCCGCACUAUCCCAGUCAUGACAGGGUGGCUGGAACAUGUCAAUUCCGUAUGUUGGUUGAGGAUUCAUCAGUCUGUCAGGUUCGGGUUGAUUUUGUUGAUACCGAGAUGUUAGCUCCCACAGCUGGAGAUUGUAAAGAUCAAUACCUGGUUGUAUCCGGGUCUAUCUGGCCUUCAGGGUUUCAUAGACUAUGCGGAAUAAACCCUGAUCAGCACUUCUACCUUCAUCUGGACAAGGAUAUUGGGUUCCAACAUCUAGACUUUACAAUAACAUCUGUAUCUUCAGGAAUUCCUUACAAGUUUGGCCUAUGGAUUACUCAAAUAAGUUGUGGAACAGAUUCAUCUGUAAUGGCUCCUGCAGGAUGUACACAAUAUCAUUUUGGUAAUCAGGGAAGUUUGAAAUCUUUCAAUUUCGAGGGGGUUCAGUACCUAAACAACCAGAACUAUAAAAUCUGCAUAAGAUCGGAGCAGGGGGCCUGCUUUGGAGAAUUUAGAGCUGAUACAAACCAGUUUAUGUUAGAACCAGUUCAACAGAGUUCAACAAAUAAAAACAAAAGGAUGAAGGUUGGGUCUGGUAUAGCUCUGUCUGCUGCUGGAGAUGAGAACUGUGCUAGGGAUUAUCUUCUUAUCCCUGGAGGAACAUCAAACCUUACUCUCAGCAAGAAUACUCUUAGUAUAGACAGAUAUUGCGGAGGAUUUCUGAACCCUAAGAAUGGAGAAGAGAUUGGGGCGUCAGUCUACUCAAGAAUAUCCUCCAGUGUUUUCUGGGUUCAGUUUAUAACUGGUAGACCUGAUAUAGAAGAUCAUCCUAAUAAUCUACAUGGUCCUGGAGUAAGGUUGAGAUAUUUUCAGAUAAAGAACUGCUUGAAUACAGAUCUGUUUAACUAAAUCUUAAAAAUGCAAAAUAGUUUCAGGAAUAUUUAUUCUCUAAUCAGGGUUUUCUUAUUAGUACACUGGACAUUUAUUAUCUAAAGUCAGCAUAUUAUAUUAUAUUUUAUUAUCUAAAGUCAGCAUAUUAUAUUAUAUUUUAUUA